AUGUCCAAAUCUAACCCUAAAUCUAAAACUACUUCUCAAUUACUAAAGUCCAAGAAUGAAGAUACGAUAAUAGGUUCUGGUCCCAGACUCAAAAAGAAAAAUUUGGCCAAUAUAGAAGAAAUUGAAUCGAUAUUGCAUGAUUUAGAAACUGAAGCGGCCGUGACUAAUCCCAAAGAGAGAAGGUAUUGUAAUUGUAUGGCAAGGAAACACCCCCUUUUUGAAAUUGCUCCUAAUUGUUUGAAUUGCGGCAAGAUAAUAUGUACUAAAGAAGGAUUACAACCUUGUUCAUUCUGUGGUGCUGAUAUUAUACCUAGUAAGGAUAAGGAUGAAAUUAUAAAGUUGUUGGCUAAGGAAAGAGAAGACUUAUUGUUGUCUCCUACACCCAUGACACAACUGCCAUCUACGAAAUCCAAAAAGAAGAUUGUUGUGAAAAUGAAUACAGGAGAGAAGUUUUGGGAAGCUCAAGAUAGAGCAUUCAAAGAAGCAGAGAAAGAACUAAAGAAGAAAGAAGAGGCAUUAAAGGACGAAGAAUUUGAAGUUCCAGUUGAAGGUUCUUCCCAAACAGAUGCUGAUCUUGAGAAUGCCCAAAAGAGACUAGAAACUUUGUUGAACUACCAAGAAACCGGGGCAGAAAGAACGAAAAUAAUUGACAAUGCUGCUGAUUUUGAAUUGCCCACACAUACAUUGUGGUUGACCCCAGAAGAAAGAGCAUUAAACUUGAAGAAGCAACAAAGAUUAAGACAGGAAGCCGAGAAGGAGAAGGAACGAAAAUUACGCGGGGAAAGGGUUGUGGAAAUGUCUAUUAAGGAUGGUAAAGUAACCAUGGUUGAAAAAUAUGUAUCUAAGAAGGAGCAAGCAUCUGAAGAAGAGCUUAGAUUACAAGAAUCUAUAAAGCAGAAAAAAGCCGCAGAAGCUAAUAAUGGCAACAACCAAAUUUGGGAUUACGAAAAUGACAAGCUUAAGUGGCAGAAGCCGGUCUAUUUCACUACCGGCUCAGAAGUUCCUGUUAGUUCGCCUGAACCACUUGUCAACGCCAAGAAUAGAGUGCAGUUUGCACAAGAAGAUGCAGAAGACUUGAUAGCCACAUUAAUUACAUAA